AUCAGUCAUCAGCUGUUCGUUCUUCAAACACCAAUAGCAGUUCUAAGGUUUACACAGUUUCAAGAUGUUCAAGUUUACAGCUUUCGCCCUUCUUGUGAUCGUGGCCGUUGUCCAGGGUGCCCCACAGAUUCCUGGCGCAGAUAUGCCUGGCACGGAUAUGCCUACCACGCCUGGUCAGGAAAUGCCUGGCACGGAUAUGUCAAGUACGGAAAUGCCUAAUAUGCCAGAAACAAGCACUCCUGAAGCUCCUGGAGCUCCUGAUGCUCCAGGAGCACCUGCAGCUCCUGAUGCUCCAGCAGCACCUGCAGCUCCAGGAGCUCCUGCAACUCCUGAAGCUCCUAAUAUGCCAAAUCCAGGCAAUGCCAUUAGUGGCAUUGCAGGCGGUAUCGCUAGUGGCAUUGCCAGUCGCGUCAGCAAUCGAUCAUAAGCUGUUGAAUGGUUUACGCGUGCCGGAUAAAGAACGGUUGUUAUUUGUGCAUAUGUGGUUAUAAUAAAAUGGAAGAGU